AUGGAAACUGCCCUCCCUACACACCUUGACGUUCAUCCCCCAUGCUACCGCAUUCAUGCCGAAGAUUCAUGCCGACCACCUUCUGCUGCUGCACCCACAUCUUCCAUCUUUCCAACCCUCUCCUCCUCAUCAUUCGCCGACUCCUUCGCCACGUGGAACAGCGCAUCACGAACUCCCAACGGCAGCAAAAUGCCAAGUGACGCUCUGUUUCGACUGAGGUCAAGCUUUGAUCACCUGAAGACGUGGAAAACGCAGUCUCCUGGACGUGCCGAAGACGGGACUUUCAUGCCCAUCCAUCCGCCCUCCUCUGAAGACUGA